AUGGCGCUCGAUCUGGAUCGCGUGUACAAGCAGCGCAUCCGCAUCCAGGACUUCUUCGGCGACUUCGACCGCCUGCGAUGCGGCUCGAUAACCCCGACGCAGUUCGCCCGCGCGCUCGCGCUCGCGGGUUUCAACCUGACCCAGGCGCAGUACCGCGAGCUGAGCGACGCGUACCCCUCCACCGUGGAGGACAGGCCGGUGUGCUACAAGGACUUCUGCGCGGACGUCAACGGCGUGUUCACCAAGUACAACCUCGAGAAGGCGCCGACGCAGGAGGUUGACCCGGCGCCGGCAUCCUUGCUCGACACCGAGCGCUUCUCCGCGAAACCCACGCGUUCGCUGGGCGACGCCAAGGACGAGGAGGUGGACGCGCUGCUCGACGCCAUCGCGGAGGGCGUGCGCAAGCGGCGGGUGGAGGUGAAGCCGUUCUUCAACGACGCGUGCGCCAACCAGAACUCCCCGAUGCGCGUUAAUCACGUCACCAAGGCGCAGUUCAAGCAGGUGGUGCGGGCGCACGUCGCCAGGGAGCUCGGCGACGAAUCGAUGGACGCCGUCGCCGAUCGGUUCAGCGACGACGACGGGUUCGUCAACUUCGUGUCGUUCUCGGCGUGCGUGGACCCGAAGGAGGAGGCGUACCAUCCGUACCGGCGGAGCCUCCAGUGA